UUGGCUCCAGCCCCCAUGAUCCUGUACACAGGAUAAGCGGGUGACGAUGGAUGGAUGGAUAUGUUGUUCUGCAAAACAAGAUUAAUAAAAAAAAGUUAGUGUAACAGAUUUUAUUCUUAUGUUUGUGAAUAGGAGUAAAAGUGAAGAUUAAAAUUUUUCUUUUAGCAUUUUGAUAACUACAGAUCCUCAAUGUCAGUAAAGGCUACAUGCAUGGAAACCAGAGUCAAUGUCUAGAUCUCUCCUAGUAUCCAACCACAGGACUGUGUUUAGAUAGAAUGUAAAUCUUAGGACCUGUGACCUGGAGUCUGACUGGCUGCUGGGCACCUCAUUCUUUCUCCACAGGUACUCUUUUGGACCAGUGCUACGCCUCGGUGAAUCCACAGCCCUCAAACUCUACCAUCUAUAAUCUGUUUUUUCUCGUGCUCCGUAGAUAAGCUCACCACCAUGCUGGAGAAUGGAAAUAGCCAAAAGGCCCGCUUCUACUUCCUGGUGUUCCGCUUCAUUGAGCAGCAGAAUCAGACCAUCUCCACUUACUAUCUGCACUGCAUCACCCGCACCUGCAGAACCUUCAAGGUUUGACCCACAGCAAUGCAACAGGAAGAGGAGGAGUGUGGGGACCACGGUUCUCCAAGCGGGCAUCACUGAUCCAUCUGUGCUCACAGUGGCUAUAAGGGCCGAGGCAGAAAACUCGCUGUCUGGUGGUGAGUCUGAUGACAACGGCAUGUGCAUUGGUCUGGGAAUUGCUGUAGCUGUCCUCUUUGUGAUAGGGGUGACAGCCGUGAUGAUGGCGGCAUUUGUUGGUUGAAAACUGAAGCAGCUAAACUACCAGCAGCCCAUAACGGUGACGAAUGGAGGUCACCGCAGGCUUAAAUAAAAUAAUGAGUUUGACAAGUUGACAUUCAGAUACUGGUGGAGGUGCAUAAUGUAUGUAUGUAGGACUCUGCUGCAUUGAAUCACACUAUUGACUGUUAGAAGUUGUGGAAGGUGAAUUCUGAAUAAUGCACCUUGCAAUCAUGAUGCACUGCAUGAUAAAAAAGAAAAAAUAAGAAAGAAAGAAAGACACUUAUUUGCUUUCUCCAGGAAAGUACUGGUCCCGGGCAAGAAAUAGUCUGACAAAUUCCUGGUAUUGCAUGAAACGCAGUGAUAGCAAAACAAAUGAGCGGGUAUAUUGUUGGGUUUCUGUAAAUAUCAUCACAGAGUACGGUCUAGACCUGCUCCUUUAUGAAAAGCGCUCUGAGAUAACUGUUGUUGUGAUUUGGCGCUAUAUAAAUAAAAUUGAAAAUUGAAUUGAAUAUUUAGGUUUUUAUUUGCAUUAUUUACUUGUUUUAAUGAUGUAUUCAUGCCUGAUUAUAUCAGUAAUACUUGUAAUAAUGUAUAAUCUAUUGUGGCUGUUCUGAGAAAGUUUGUAUAUUUCCACGAAGUGAAUGAUUGCUUCUGUGUACUUUGUGCCACUUUCUUUAUGUCACACAUGCAUUAUUAUUGCUAUUAAAGCUUGCAAGACAUGAAA